AUGCAUAAUAUUCCUUGCUUUAGCAUUUGUGAUAUGCAUGAAAAAUUGCUAACUGGUGAUAGCAGCUUCUGCCUUGUGGGCCAACAGUCACAGGUAUGGGUUAAGUUUUUGGUUCAACUUCUGGCCAACUCGCCAACAAACUGGCCUCGAAGCUACCCUACCAAAGCAGCAUCUUUCAAAUUCUUGCUAGCAUAGCAUCAUUUCUCCUUUUCUAAAGUAAAUUCAAUUCUUUAAGAUGUUAGGUAAUCUAAUUCCAAACAAAUAAAUAUAUCCCCCUGCUUUAAAUUCUUUAUAAGCGCCACCAGCCCCCCAUUUUCAUUUCCAGCUUGGGAAAUGGCAAAAUUUCUUAUUCGAAUUUCCACAAUCUUACUCUUGUUCUACGCCUCAACAUGUUCAGCAACUGUUUACACUGUAGGAGACAACACCGGCUGGGACAUCAGCGCUGACCUCGAUUCCUGGGCAAAGGGCAAGACAUUCGCGGUUGGCGACACCUUAUUAUUUCAGUAUUCGCAAUACCAUUCUGUUAGCGAGGUGACCAAAGAGAACUACGAGCGGUGCAACACGACCAACGUACUACAAUCAAGUAGUAAUGGGAACACAUCAUUCGUCCUAAUGAGUCCCGAGGACAGGUACUUUGUUUGUGGCAACAGGUUGCAUUGCCUUGGGGGCAUGAAGCUUCAUGUCAGUGUACUAGGCAAUCAGGCCAUGUCACCAGUCGGUGCACCUCAACCGCAGCCUGGUGGCGCUCUUCCUCCCGGAUCUUCUAAGAGCAACAGUCCUUCCAGCUCAUCGUCUAUUCUCCACCGUGUAAGAAUAGAUAGUUCGGUCCUUGCAUUUUUGGGGUCGUUGGUUGUCCUCUUCGGCCUGAUGUGAUUUUGUAUCGUAUGUAACAUGUAAUGAUUUAUAUUUAUCGUGUUAAUUAAGUCACAGUUAAAAGAGUGGAAAA